AAGGUUCUUCAUGGUGGACCAUGGUUUUUCGGUUCCAGUGUUUUGAAACUUGGAUCAGACCGAUCGGUUCGACCGUCGCCCGGAGCAUGAAAUGGGCUUGGUUGACACCCAGGCCCGUUUGGACGGUUGGCCCGUCCAAACCCGGAGAACUCGUUCCACCCGUCCUGCCUGGACGGCGCGGCAAACCCGCCGGGCGAAUUGCUCCAUGCUGGACAGCACCACCGACACACGUUCUUCUCCAUUCUUCAGUCUCCAUCCUUUUUCCGACGAAGAAGAAACCACAAGGCAGCAAAUUGGGCAGCAGAUCGGCGUUCAUCGUCUCUCCAGCAGAUCGGUGGUUAGCAGGCAACAGUAGCAAGCAGCAGAUCGAUGUUCACCCACCAGCCUUGACCCACCACCAGAGGCCUUCACCGUCGUGUCCAUCUGAGGGUACUGUUGGUGAGUUGGACGAAAUCUGUUUCUCCACUGAAAAGGGACAAUAUGCUAAAAUCUUCAUUCAAGUAGAUUUGGAUCAACCAUUAGUGCCUUGCGUUAGGAUUAGGAAUCAUGUCCAGAGAGUACUAUAUGAAGGACUGGUGGUCCUUGGUUUUGCUUGUGGAUGUGUGGGACAUAAGGAGAAUGUAUGCCCACUUAAAGUGCCUCCUGCUCUAAUUACGAUGGAUGAAGAUGCCGAUAAUCAACCCACGCCAAUUGAGACUGAAGCUAACUAUAUUGUUGGUCAAGGAAGACAACUCAGUGUUACCAAUGCAGAAAGUGUUAUCUUUGUUACUGGAAAGGGGCUCCAAUCCCGUCGAGGGAUGGGACUUGCAAACAAUAGCAAUGAAGUGGAUCGGUCCUAUUGUGCUUCAAAAAGGGGUGGAUCCUACUCUUCUUCCUUCGCCAUUGGAUUGCAUACUGUAACCCCAAAACUGUCAAUCACUAGACAUGUGCAUCACGUCCAGUCCAAUAUGGAGCUCAGACAUGGAGAUUGUGGGAUGGGAAUUCUGGGAGGAACAGAUCUCCCCCCAAAUCACAACCAUACCGUACUCCACAUGUUCCUAAACAAGAUAUCAAUGCGAGGACGCAUGAAGAGUGUUCAUCUCAUUCUCAUGAGGGAGGAAGUGCAAUGCUCUAUGGGGGCUUGCUUCACACAAAAUCUUCUACCAUACUCCUUCUUGGAAGCAAAUAUUGAGUCUAUAUGGACCAUGAAAGUCAUAUCUUGGAAUUGCUGUGGAGCGGCUAAAUUGGAAUUUAGGAGGACUACUAUGGAUAUUAAAAAGGAACAUAAUCUUGCAAUAUUUGUGCUUUUGGAGACAAAGGUAGCAGGUUCUAGAGCCAUGGAGAUUGCUCAAGGCCUUGGUAUGCCCAGAUGUGAGAUCAUGGAUGCAAAUGGUCUUGUAGGUGGUAUUUGGGUACUUUGGGAUGAUAUGCAAGUCACUAUUGAUAUUCUUAACAAAGGAGCUCAAGUUAUCCAUGCUAUGGUUAAGUUUGGAGGGAGUCCUGUACCAUUAUUUAGAAUUAGGGUUUAUACCGAGUGUAUGGACAUGUGUAACCUUCUUGACCUUGGUUUUAGAGGACCAAAGUACACUUGGGUUGAUAUGAGGGAGAAUAACCAUAUUAUUAGAGAAUGGCUUGAUAGCAGUGUUUUUGGGCCCGACCCGGUGGUUAACCCGAUUUGGCCAUCGUGUCUGAUUAAACUGAUUGAAUUGGUUCACCCAACUGAAGGCAAGGAAGAUGAGGCUGCGAAGGGCUGGAAAGGGUUGAUGACAAUGGUGGUUGAGAGCAGAUGCAGAUCUGUUCUACUGUUGCUGCUUUCAAGGAGGUCGAUGGAGGAAGGGGGAUCUGUUAUGUUCUUGACCUUUCUUCUUCUUUCUAUUUUCUGCAAUGUUUUUGGAUUGCCGAUUGCCACCAGGUGGGUUCAAUGGGCAAAACGAGCUAAACGGUUGGAGCGAGCUAGACGGGUUGGAGUAGGCCAAAUGUCAAAACGGGUUGAAGAUUAUGAAAUUUGGAAUACUAUUCGUUCUAUGAAACCUUGGAAGGCCCCUAGGCCUGAUGUUUUACAUGCCAUGUUUUUCCAAAAGUAUUGGGAGAAAGUGAAAGGCAAACUCUGUGGGGAAAUUAGGAAUGUAUUUUCCACGGGUAUCAUGCUUGAUCAUUGGAACUAUAGUUUCAUUACUUUGAUCCCAAAAACUCAAAAUCCUAAACUUGUUUCUCAAUUCAGACCUAUAGGGCUAUGCAAUGUUAUCUAUAAACUUGUGACAAAAAUCAUUGUGCUUCGUCUCAAACCAAUCAUGGGUGAUCUCAUUUCUCUUCUUCAAGCUAGUUUUAUACUUGCCAUUCCCAAUUAUUAUAUGCAAGGCUCUUAUCUUCCGGAGGCCACUCAUAAGGAACUUGAUAGCCUUUCCAGACAAUAUAUAUGGGGGUCUACUACGGGUAAAAGAAAGGCCAAUCUGGUUUCUUGGGAUAGAUUGGCUCAACCAAGGAGCAUUGGGGGUCUUGGUAUAAAGUCCUCCAAAGAUGCUAAUCAAGCUUCUAUGGCUAAAGCUCAUUGGAGACUUCUCAUAGAGAAAGAAAAACUUUGGUCCAAAGCUAUAUGUGAGAAAUAUAGUAUCAAGGAUCCCAAGAGCAAAUUACCGAAGUCUUCCUCGGUUUUGGACAAUAUUGCUAAAGGAAAGCAUAUCAUUGAGAAAGGGAUUAAAUGGAUCCCUAAAUCUGGGCAGAAUAUCUUUUCUGGGAAGAUAAUUGGGUUGGUCAUAAACCACUUAAAGACAUUCUUUAUGGACCAUUCUCACCGUCGUGUGCGGAUCUUAAGGUGGGAGAUCUUAUUCUCCCGAAUGGUGAAUGGGAUUGGGGAAAAAUUGCUUAUCCUAUACCAGUUGAGAUUAAAGAGUGUAGUAGAGCCAUUCCACUCCAGUACUUCUCUAAUCAACAAGAUAAUUUUUCUUGGAGUCUAUCUUCUAAUGGCUUGGUUCAGUCUAGCUCUGCAUAUUGUUUAGCCAAGAAUAUUUUUUCUGCAUAGCUACCAAAGAUCGAUCACUUCAUAUGGUUGCUUAAUCAUGGGAAACUACUUACUAAAGACAUGCUUUAUGGUUGGGGUAUCGGUGAUUCUAACCUUUGCCCUGUUUACAACACUUCACCUGAAACUAUUGAUCAUAUUUUUAGAGAAUGCUUUUUUGCUAGCCUCUUAUGGGAGGUUUUUACUCCCCAUUUUGUAUGUCUAUUAAUCAUGGAUUCAGUUUUCAAGCUUGGUUAAAAACUAACUGUUGUCUGCAAUCUAAGUUUAAUGGGGUUAAGUGGAAUACUAUGUUCUCCUUCAUCAUUUGGUCUCUCUGGUAUUUUAGGAAUCAAUGACUUCAUCAUGGCAAGAAAUUUAAUAUCCAUCU